AUGCGCGAUUUGAACCUUUUUGCUUUGAGGUUGCCUACUAAUGAACAGAAGGAGAAGCCUACUCAAUCUGCAAAAUCUCUUUCUAAUUUGUCUGGUGGUUCUCAGUAUUCGCCAGUAGAAAAGUUUGUUCAUAAUGCGAAAUGUAUGUCCUUAAGUCAGUUCUGCAAAAUCAAACAUGAAAUUUUAUGUGUUACUGUAGCAACCACAUUGAAAUUUGUUGUCUCAAAGUAUGGAUGGUUUUAUUAUGGCUGCACAAGGUGUUCUUCGAAGGCACCUAAUCCUGAAAAAGCUUAUGAAUGUUCAUGUGGGCAAAAAGUCGAACAGCCUAUACCAAGCAAUGGUGAAUCAAAAUAUCGAUUUGUAUUCUGGGAUUCCGAAUGUGCUGCUAUACUUGGAAUGACUGCUGAAUUUAUGCAUAACUCUAUGGUGGAGAAUGGAGAAGAUGAUCCAAUGGUUUAUCCUGAUGAGCUUGAAAUGUUGUUGAAUAAGAAAAUUGCUUUUAGAGUUAAGGUGCAGCCAACGUUUUCCCAAGCGUCUGUUUGGAAGCUUUGUGAUGAUGAAGCCUUUGUUAAAGAGAUUGAAAAUGACUACAUAGUAGAAGACAAUCAGUCUAAAACUGAAUAUGCAAAGUUGGUCCCUAACAAAGAAAAUUUGGAAACUUCCGCAGUAGUUUAG